AUGGCUCAGGAACACCAUUUGGAUGCGCUCGUCGUGGGUGCCGGUUUUGGUGGUAUCUACACACUCUAUUCCCUCGUCAAGGAGGGUCUGAAUGUGAAAGCUAUCGAUACGGCUGGUGAUGUCGGUGGUACGUGGUACUGGAAUCGCUAUCCUGGUGCGUUAAGCGAUACGUGGAGUCAUCUUUAUCGAUUUCUAUUCGACCACGAGCUCCUGCAAAGCUACCCCUGGAAGAAAUGGUAUCUCACCCAGCCCGAGAUCUUGGAGUAUCUCCGUCAUGUCGUGGAAAGAUACGAUCUCCGCAAACACAUGCAGUUCAAUACCAAGAUGCAAAGCGCGGCAUGGAACGACACGACCAAGACCUGGAAGGUGCAGUGCGAAACAGGCGACGUCUUCCAUGUGCGAUAUCUCUUCACGGCGCUUGGAGUCCUGGUGAAAGCCCACUACCCCGAUAUCCCCGGGAUGGACACAUUCAAAGGAGAAAUCAACCACACCUCAGCGUGGAACCCAGACGUGGAGCUCGAGAAUAAGCGUGUCGGUGUUGUUGGCGUCGGAUCAUCGGGCGUGCAGGUCGUGACGGCCAUCGCGGACAAGGUUAAAUCGCUUCAUGUAUUUGUCCGACGCCCGCAGUACAGUGUUCCCAGCAGGAAUCGGGAUGUGACGCCGGAGGAACGCGCACGGAUCAACAAAGAUUAUCCAGGAAUUAUCACCGAUGCCCGCACGUCCAACUUUGCCAUGGGGACGCCAGAGCCUGCGAGAAAAUUCAUGUCAGUGUCACCGGCAGACCGCGAGGAACUACUGGAGCGGCUGUGGCAGACGGGGAACGGCUUCAUGUUCAUGUUUGGCGGGUUUUCCGAUAUUGCCACGGAUGAUGCUGUAAAUGAGGAAGUCUGUCAAUUUCUGCGUAAGAAGAUUGCCAGUAUUGUCAAGGAUCCGCAGAAGCGAGACGUCCUGACACCGAGGGAGCUCUACGGCCGUCGACCUCUGUGUGAUGGUGGGUUCUACGAGAAGUUCAACAAGGAAAAUGUCUAUGCGGUGGAUGUCAAGGGAAAUCCAAUUACGGAGGUAACACCUACUGGCAUUCGCAUGGCUGAUGGCACAACCCACGAGCUCGAUGUCAUUAUCUUUGCGACUGGGUUUGAUGCCGUGGAUGGCACUUAUGCGAUGGUUGACAUCCGAGGCCGGGAUGGCAACAAUUUAUAUGAUGUUUGGAAAGCUGAAGGCCCAAGCACUUACGUAGGGAUGUCUGUGCAUGGGUUCCCAAACCUCCUUCUAGUCAACGGGCCACACAUGGCGUUCGGCAGUAUUCCUACAUCAGGGGAGACUAACACCGAAUUUAUUAUGGAUUUGGUCCGACGGGCCGAGGAGGUAUCUAAGCAGACGGGGGGUCAGUGCGAAAUCGAAGCCUUAGAAGACGCCGAGCGCGCAUGGACAGAACGCAGUAGGGCCUCGGCAGUGGGAACAGUGUUUGAGAAAGUUCCUUCUUGGUUGUUAGGGAAUAAUGUCGCUGGGAAGGCUGUGGGGGUAUCGUUUUACUUUGGUGGUCUGGGAACGUUUAGGGCAUUCCUGGCUGACAUAAAGGCUAAAGCCUUCGAAGGGUUCAAAAGCCCCUUAGGUCCAGCUAUUCUGGAAGCACAGCUAUAA